UAGGACAUUUUCUUCUAGGUGUAGCCAAAGCCUUCGUAGUGAGAGUCCUUGUUUGACCCAAAAAGAAGUCACCAUUGUGGAUUAUUUAUACGUAUAUAUUACAAGUUGCGUUUCUUUUUCUCCCGUAGCUUGUAUUUAACGGCGUUGUGUGCUGAGUCGUGCAUCUAUACGACAGUGUAGCCGUCGCUAGCCUGCUGCUGCUGACGGUUGUGUCUGCACCUUGCAAAAAUAUUUUGCUCUCGAUCCAAAACCAGGAAGCGUGAACUCUCCACCUACGAGCUAGCUGUUAUCUUACGCGAUGAAAGCACAACAGAAUCGGAAAACGUAGCGUAAAUGGUCAGAAUUUGACAUAAAGCGACGCGUCACGAGAGCUGGCACUCAGAUUUUAAGGAAUAGCAACCACUUGUACCUGAGCUGGUGAAAAGUUAGAGCCGCUAGCCGGGUUGCUAACUGGACAUCUGGAAGCACCGAGGCUUGUCAGUAUUAGCAGCUAAGUGCCGUUAGCAAGCUGACGAUGGCCGUGGCACACAGGAGCUGCUUUGUGGUUGGAUUUUUAUUUCUGCUGUUGUUGCCCGGGUGCAAAGCGAGGAUACACAAGCUCACCCUGAAGGAGGAACCUCGGCCUGAGGUCGAACUCAACAACUUUGGGUUCUACGCUAAUGGCACUUUGGAUGUGAACAUGUUGUCCCUGCGACUCAGCGAUAAAAUAGGAAACCACAGCGAGCACCCGUUUGGUUUCAGCCUGUCCAGGUCCAGAGUUAAUGGCGUCUUAUCCAACACAGCAGAGGAGAAAGAGACAUGUCCACUCACUCUUACAAAGUCCCCCAACAACGAGCUUCUGAUUCUUUUCCUUCUCGAUGUCAACAAACAAAGUGUCAAUGUGAAGGCUAUGGGUGUCCUAGACAACAUCUUGAUAGCAAAGGCCCAAGCAGAUGAAGUCCAGAGGAAAACCAGGGAGGCUGUUGAAAAGGUUCCUGCGGAUAAAUCGUCAGGUGAGGGCAAAACAAACGCACAAAAGCCAGAAAGCACAGGGGAUGAGAAGAAAGAAAAGGCGAACACUGACGUGGCAGCUAAGACAGUGGAGGAAAGACGAGUCCAUCUCACAGAGCCCACUAAGCUGACUUUUGCUUUGGGGAAAGUUAACGGCUCCUACAACUUCAGCUUCAACAUGGUGGUUGGCCCGAAGGUGGAGGGUCUGUACAGCCUCAAGUUCCACUACUGUCUGAACAUGGAGCCAGGAAGAGUGCAGCCCUACUCCUUCACAGUGGAAAUGACAGAGAAGAACCCGGGGAGCUUCCUUUCUGCGGCGGAAAUUCCUCUGUCUCGCCUUUACAUUUGCAUGGCUGGAGUCUUCUUCACUGCCGCCAUGGUCUGGGUGUACACGCUCAUGAAGCACAGGUACAGCGUGUUCAAGAUCCACUGGCUGAUGGCCGCUCUGGCCUUUACCAAGUCCACGUCCUUGGUUUUCCAUAGUAUCAACUAUCACUUCAUCAACACCGAGGGGCAUCCCAUCGAGGGCUGGGCCAUCAUGUAUUAUAUUACACACCUGCUGAAGGGGGCUCUCCUGUUCAUCACUCUGGCUCUGAUUGGCACCGGCUGGGCUUUCGUUAAAUACAUCCUCUCCGACAAGGAGAAGAAGAUCUUCAUGAUCGUCAUUCCUCUGCAGGUCCAGGCUAACGUCGCCUACAUCAUCAUCGAGUCCACAGAGGAGGGCUCCCGCGAAUACUACGCCUGGAAGCAGAUCCUCUUUCUGGUCGACCUCAUCUGCUGCGGGGCCAUCCUUUUCCCUGUCGUCUGGUCCAUCCGCCACCUACAGGAAGCAUCUAGCACCGACGGAAAAGCUGCCAUGAAUUUGGAGAAGCUCAAACUCUUCCGACAUUAUUACGUGAUGAUCGUGUGUUACAUCUACUUCACCAGGAUCAUAGCCAUCCUGCUCAAGGUCACCAUGCCUUUCCAGUGGCAGUGGUGCUACGAGUUACUGGUGGAGGUGUCCACGCUGAUCUUCUUUGUGUUGACGGGCUACAAGUUCCGACCAGCGUCCAAUAACCCGUACCUCCAGCUUCCCCUGGACGAGGAGGACGUAGAGAUGGAUGAAGUAAUGACCGAGUCAGGCGCACUGGAGGGGAUUUCCAAGGUGAAGAAAACGGCCAACGGACGCGACCGCCAGAGAGAGUCCACCUUGUGAGCGGGACGCGUCGACUUUGGGAGUAACCAACUAAACAUCCUCCCCCAGGCCAGCUGGUAGAAACAUGGACCAAGGCUCCGCACUUCUAGUGACAAUUCUCCUUUAGAAACUUUAAGUGGUUGCAGUGGUCAUGGCCACUGUCUGGCUAUGCAAAAAAAAUAAAUAAAAAAAUGAAAAAAAAAAUGACAACAACACAAAAAGACUAACUCCAUGAUGGACGCUCUCCAUUUCCCUUGGGACACUCCACCCAGAAAGGGUUGCAGGAGGCUCCUGCCAUAUGAACGGGUGGAGAUAUGAAAAAGAGCUCUGAUGUUCUUCAGUUUUCAUUUCCCCUCUGCCCUCUCUCCCUCUUUCUCUCUCUCCAAAGAUAAUUAUUGUUUCAGGGGAAGAGUUGCUUUUUGGGUUUUGUGUUUAUAUCGGAUAUUUAAAAGCGGUACUCCGGCGAGCCUCUUAGCUGUACCUUUUUUUUUUUUUUCUUUCUUCCCGUGUGUGAUGUGAGUACACUGUGUGCGUGAGUGUGAGACAACACAAGGUUUGAGCACACAGACAAUAGCCCCAUACUCAGGUUAAAGGCUAAUCAGUAUAAAAUGUACAUUGUGUCUCUUUACCACUUUCAGGAUCAGUAAUGUCACAUCAGUCAUUACAAGAACCACACUUUUUUUUUUUUUUUUUUUUUGAACUGUAUAUUGAAAUAUAUGGAUGAAGAAGGUUGUAUAUUUCAGUAUAUUGACUUAUUGCAUAUUGAAAUGUUAUGUUUCAGUAUUACUGUUUUUAUGUUGGAGAAGUGAAGUUCCUCUCAGCCUGUCACUGGGACCGCUGUAAUUUAGCGCUUUAGUGGCUCAUGUGGACCUCUUAAUGAAUAAAUAAGGUUUUUGGAUCGGUCUCUAAAAUACUCCGAGCAGUGGCCCUGCUUUUGUGCUCAGUGACGGUUUGUUUGUUUUUGUUUUUUUUGCUCUUCUGUGCCGGUCUGGGGCGGAGAAGUGACCUUUAACCGAUCACAUCUGAGUUGCUUUUGGUUUUACGUACUUUGCUGUUGAUGUGAAGCUUAUUUUAUUGAUUACUGAUGACUCUUGGGUUUUGUGCCGGGUAGGUGAUCCACUGUAAAUAAUUUAAAAACUGUUGUUGCAAAAGAGGGCACGUUUUCGCACCGUAACGACGUGGUCGGUUUCUUUGGUGCGUUGGGCACGUGAGGAUUUAACACAGCGGCCGCUCAGCGCUUCCAGACGACCGUGUCCGUGUACUUUCAACUGAGUGAAGAAGGUUUUCUGCUUGUUAACAGAGGUCUGUUGGAUAUCUGUGUGUCAUAAUAAAGCUGGAGUUCUCAAA